AUGGCCACCGUGGAAGAAUUUAUUACCUUGCAACACAACACUUACAAAAAUUUAAAGGCUUGUCUGGAGCCCGAGGAAAAAGCCAGGACGGUAUUACAGGAAUUCGAAGCGAAAUUGGCCGGACACAAUGAAACUGUCGAAAUUCUACAGAGAGGUGUAUCUCGACUUAAAAAAGCGUCGAAACGCGAAUACCAGCAAAUGCAAAAUCUAGAAAAUGACGGUCUUUUCAAGUCCAUGUUCCAUUCGCAUAAAGUUAAACUGGAAGAACAAAGAGGAAGGUAUCGAAAAGCGUUCCAAGCGGAGCAAGAUGCCAUUAUCGAGCUAGAAAACAUGCAAGCAGAAAAAGAGAAAUUACGUACACAGGCUCUGGCAGCUAAAGAAGAACAUCAGCGUUACAAGGUUCAGCAUUUGCAACUGAAUCGAUUUAUAGAAAAUGUUUUCCAAGAAGCCACCAAUGUUGAAAAUUAUCCCGAGCUAAUUGCCCUUGCAGAAAAGAUUGAACAAAAAAAUCAGGCCAAAUCAAGGUGCCAUACUGAACACCUUCAAGCGGAAAUGAAAAAAAGUGACAUCUCAAGUGCCAUCCAAUCAUUGGAAAAGGCAAGCAAAGUGCUAGCCUUGGGCAUCGACGCACCAACCUUUGGGGACAUGUUCAGCAGCAGAGGCGACCAUAAAAUAAGCGUGAAUAGUGCCAAACAGCAUGUGGAGCGUGCCAUCCGGCUGUUACAGGCCCAAAGGGUGAGCGAAGCCUAUAUAGUGAAGACCUUGUUGGAUUCCAUGGUAUUACGAAAGGACAACUCUUCGGACAAACAGCAUGAAUGCAAUCAAAAACGUCGAGUUCAAUUGGAGCUUUGGGAAGCCCAGCUCCGAGGAAUUCAAAAAGGAAUGUUAAUCAACCUGUUGGUACCGCUGAACAAGAAAAUCAAUGAUUUUCAACGGGAAACAAGGAACCAUGGUCAGACCAUUAUGACCCUAAAAAACAACAUGUUACAGAAGCAGCAGCAAAUUCUUGACAAUAUUUUGUCCGAUAUACCGGACUAUCAGCUUACCGGAGCGCCUCCGCCCUACAUGUCAGAACCUACCGCAUCUGCUUCAUAA